AUGACCGACGGAAACGAUUCCUCCUCUGUCGGCUUCUCCGAAUAUUCUGAAUUAACCGCUAAUGGCUGCUAUCCGAGCACCAACGGACACGUCAGCCAGCCUGAUGGGUCAGCUACCGCGAUGGCAACGCCAUCUGCUAUCCCAGCCCGAACAGAUAGUUAUGCGACCACUGACAAUGGCGAAGCGAAGACAGGCAUCUCGAGGCAAAGGUUGUCACUCCAAGGUUCAGCUGAUAAUAACACUGAAAAGGCGGCGAAGCUUAGUACGCCAAAUGGAACGGAGUCAGCGGAAUUGUCUAGGCGAGCGAGCUUGGAACGCAACUGGCUGCGCCAGUGCGCGCCGAUUUUCAUGCAUCCGACGCACGACAUUCGCGCGGGUCACGCGCUCGUGCGCGUGUUUUUCCGCUUCGUGCGGGAAGGGGAGGAGGCGGAAGCCCGCUCGCGCGGAAAGGAAUGGACAGACUACAUGGCUGCGGGGGAAGAUUUUGUGGAAUGGGAGGAAGCGGCGGAAGCAUGGGGAAAAACCGGGGAACAAGGGGGAGAGAAUGGAGUGGAACUGGCGGGAGAAAUUAUAGGAGCGGUUGGAGAGGAGAACGGGGGAGUGGUGAGAGUAAAGGCUUUUAACGGGGAUAACGCCGAUGACCUGUUGUGCGAGCUAGUGGUGGUGUACGAGGGCGAGGCGAGCUAUCGUCGGCUGAACCCUUAUCAGGUCAACCACAUGGCCACCUUCUUCUACAUGUCCUUCAACAAUAUAGUGUUUGGCCGAACUGCAGACAUUGACUAUUUAACGAUAACAGGUGUCAACCUCUCAUUGGACCCCAGCAGGCACCCAUGGAGGAGCGUACGCACCACUGACCACUGCGGCACUCAGACAUGGUCGCAGGGCAACAAGGCUGAUCUAGCGUGGUGGCUCUCUCUCUUCCAUCACUACACUGUGGACAUGCCCUAUGAGGAACUACAGAAGGACGAGCGGGCGAAACACCGGCCGAUUAUUUAUGUGAACACAGCGAACCAUCUCAUGGGGGAGACUAACGCCAACCCCAAGUUCCCCCUAACCACUUGGAAGCACUACCCACUACACCGAGGGGGUCCCCCUGAAGCUGAGCUCUUUGCACGCAGGAGCAUUUUAAGCAAGCCCAUCCUGUGGAACCCUUUCCCUGGAUGCUUGAGUCGUUCUUGCUCCUGA